AUGAUGUCGGAAAACGAUGUAGAAAAUUCAAGUGAAAGAGUUACAGACGACUCCGCAAUUUUGGAAGUAAGCACAAUGGCAGUUGGGGGUGUUAUCAAACAAGAAAGUCGCGAUGCAGAUUUUCUUUCGAAUUGCAGUACCUCUAUAGAAGGCUCUGUGGUAGCGUCUCCUUCUCUUGAUAGCUUCUCCACUUUACCAGAACAGGAAAUAUCAGAUUUUCAAACAGAUUCUCGAGAUCUACAGGUAAAAGUGGAUAAUCCGCAAAAACACCUUGAAACGCUCGAAACUUAUAUUACCUUCCGUAUAACAACAAAAUCGACAAGACCAGAAUUUGAAGAGGGAGGAUUUGAAUAUGUUGUUCGAAGACGAUAUAAUGAUUUCAUUUGGCUGCGACAGAAGUUAGUGGAUUCGUAUCCAACACAUAUCAUACCACCGAUGCCUGGGAAACAUACAUUACUUGCUCAGUUAGAUCGUUACUCCAAAGAAUUUAUUAUAGCUCGUAUGAAACUGUUACACAUAUUUCUUAACAGAGUUGUUAAUCAUCCUAUUCUUAGUUGCGACAAAAAUUUGUAUAUCUUCUUAACUACUAAACCUGCAGAAUUCCUUGUUCAUCGUAAAAAUCGUGCAAAUGUUCUUGUCAAAAUGACUGAUUCCUUACAAAAUAUAGCAAGCACAUAUACUAUGAAGCAACGUCACUUUGAGUUUGAACAAGUUCGAGACUAUUGUACAGCUCUUAGCGAGAAAUUAACUACUAUAGAUAAAAUAAAUCACCGAAUAUACAAAGAGAGGCAAGACUACUUGCUUGAACUACAUCAGCUACAUCCAAUAUUCACAUUAUGGGCAACUUCUGAACCAGAACUUGCCUCUAUUCUAUUAGCAAUGGCCAAAGCUAUAGAAUGUAACGCAGUGGCUCAACAAAAGCUUCUGGAAAAUGUUCCACAUGAAGAAAGAGAAUAUAUUUCAUAUAUAGACGCAGUUAAAAGUGCUCUAUCUCGGCGAGAUUCAAUGCAAAUUGAAUAUGAAAUGACUAUCGAUGACUUGACAAAGAAAAGAUCAGAAAAAGAUCAGUUAAUGGGACCCUCGAGUGGUACGGUUUCAACUCAAAAUUGGGGUGGAUCCUUGUGGAAAGCAGAAUCUCGCGAUGAAAAAUUAGAAAGACUUGGACAGACGAUCCCACGAUUAGCAAAACAAGUAGAAGUGUUGCAGGAUCGUGUAGAGUGUGCUAAUGAAAACUUGCGCAGCGAUUUACAAAGAUGGAACGUGGAGAAACAGAUGGAUUUAAAAAAUAUGCUGGUCUCUAUGGCAGAUCGACAAAUUCGUCAUUAUCAGCAAUGUAUGAAUGCAUGGGAAGAAAUUCUUACUGGUUUAAAGUUAGAUGGAAUAGGAUCUGAUGUUACUGUAGGACCACCUAUUAAAAUACCCGUUUAAAGCUAUAACAAACUCUAUUUUGCCAUUUGGACAGAUUUAUACAUCUUAAACAUCUCGUGCAUUUAUAAAGGUAAAGACAUAAAACACAAAACACAUUUGCUAUUACUGAUGAAACGUUUAUUGCAAUUAAGAAACUGACCUCACCAGCUUCAAUGUCACUGCUUUAGCAAUUAAAUAACUUUAUCUCGUAAGUUUUAAAUGUUCUUUGUCGAAAAGUUCGAUCAGUACUUACAUAAAAUACAAGUGCAUUCAUUAGAUGUACAUGUUGCACAUUUGUAUAAUGUGUUCAUAGUUUCGAAUAUAAAAAUGUUUAUGGUAAAAUGGCUUUAUAAUACAAUAAUGUCAUGAAAUGACAUGAAAAAUUAAAUUAACACAUUUAAAUCCUAUAAAUAUAAGUAGGGCAAAUUUCGGCAUAGAAUCAACUACGAUCUUAAGAUAUAGUUUCCUUUAGAUCACCAAUUAAGUUUGGGACCAAGUACUAAAUGAUUUUUCACUAGUUCUUCUUUCUCUUACUUUAAACCACAUACAAUACAUUUAUUGACAAUCAGUUUUUUAGUCACCUGUAUCCGAUAGAUACCAAAGUUAUCUAUGUAUUAUAGAUAGUCAAUGUAUAAUGCUAGAAUACAAUUUACAAAUUCGAGCAAACGCUUACAAUGUUCGUUGUA